UUUAACUUAUUAUAGUCAUACUGAAAAAUGUAUUUUGUGGGCGAGGAAGUUAGAUAAAUAAAAUUAAAUAAAAAAUAAGUAUAUUUAAAACAAAACCAUUUGGCAAACUUUAAGAGUCAUAAGUUUUGCUUGUUUUUGUACUUCAAAUAUGAAUUUUUUUUUCAUAUUGGUGAAUAAAAAGGUAAUUUUAACAAUUAAUUCAUCAUUUAGGUAGGUAUCUAUUUUAAAUUUUAGACAUGUCAUCAAAUAGUAAACAUUACAAAAAUGCUACAAAGCAAUUGAAACGAUUUAAGCAAAUGAAUGUGCAAAAAAUAUCUAGUUUUAAUAUUUCAGUGAAAAGUGAAAUACUAGUUUAGAUAAUAAAACUAUGGAUAUGACAGACACUAAUGAUAAUUCAAUGGAUGUUUUUGAAAAUUUAGAACAUCAUCCAUUACCACACUCUCUUUCAGACACACUCUGUUUUGAAUAUGAGAAUAUAUUAUUAGAAGAUGAAAAAUGUAUUAGUGAUACUACGGAGGAUACUACAUAAAAGUCUUACCAGUAGCUUAUCAGAAUGGUGCUGUAAACAUAAUAUUACACAUGUGGCUAUUAAUGACCUGUUAAAUAUUUUAAAACCAUAUCAUCCUGAAUUACCCCGAGAUGCUAGAACUCUGUUACACACUCUAAGGAAAACUAUUCUACAACCAAUAAACUCAGGUCACUAUAUUUAUUUUGGAUUGAGAAAUUGUUUGCAAAAACUACUGUCUCAGUAUUCUGGAGAAGAGUGUCUUGAUACUGUAGAAAUUUUAAUUAAUAUAGAUGGUCUUCCACUUUCAAAAAGUUCAUCCAGUCAAGUGUAUCCAAUUUUAUGCAGUAUAUAUCCGAAACAGGGGCCAGUUGAUAUAGUUGGUAUAUAUCACGGUUAUGAGAAACCCAAAGAUUCUAAUUUAUUUUUAGAAAAAUUUGUAGAAGAUGCCAUAGAAAUAAUUAAUAAUGAAGCUGCAAUAAAAAGUGAAAAAUGUAGUGAUAAGAAGGUGGCGGAGCAAGAAAUUGGACGAUGGUUGAGGAGAGCCGGGGAUCGCUUAAAAACUUUCAAGGAAAAGGAAUCAGAAUAAAAAUUGAAUUUAUUUAUUUUUUAAAUAAUAAAGAUAUAUUCACCUA